AUGUCAAACCCGCACACGAUUCAACACUUUACACAUAACCAUCCCUUGAGCGAAAUCAACGUUGUUGGAACGUACACGUGCGAUGGUUGCAAACUGUACGGAACCGGCAAGGCUUACCGGUGCGGCGACUGCGACUACGAUCUCCACGAAUAUUGCGGUACGUGUCCCACGAGCCUCAGAAACUCAUGGCACGCGCCUGAUCAUGAGCUCGACCUGAUCACCGGUCCCACGCACACGGCCGAGCGCGGGUGCUAUUGCUAUGUUUGCCGAGUUUACAUCCAAGGGUUGUUCUACAAAUGCAAGCACUGUAGUUUUGAAUCCCACCCGCUUUGCGCACACGGUCCAAUGCAUGGUUCAAGCCCAAUGCAUGUCUCGUCUCCCGAUGCAACCGUAACGACGCAGAGAAGCCUGCAUGGCCCUGCGGGACAGGGACAGCCAUCGCCGCCGCACCACUAUGGUCAAGGAAACCCUUAUGGUUAUCCACAUAUGGAUCCAUAUGGGCCAUACCCUCAUGGUGGUGGUUAUCAUCCUCAUCAUCAACAUCCGCACAUGAACCCGGGUUCUCCAAAAGCAGAUCCCAAGGCAGAUCCAAGCAAGGUUAAGAAGGAAAAGGGAGGUUUUAUAAGAAGCCUCGGGGCUGUAGCAUCUGCAACGUUUACGGUAGCAGCCCAAAUCGCCGCUGCAACGAUGGGGGCCGAUCAAGUUUGA